UGGCAAUACCUGCUCUCAGCCGGCCGGCGCUGGGGUGCGAGUGCCGCCUGCUCCCCGCUGCCGAUGGAUGCUGCGGCCAGCAGCGCCCUUGGGUGGCUCUGCGCUGGUGUCACCGCGCUCCUCGGGGUCACCGUGCUCCGCAGGGCCCACAGGAGCCCGCUGGGCAAGGCGAAGGUGCUGCUCUGGAGCCUGCUGGCCGCCCUGCUGUGUGUGGCCCCGCUGGGGGCUGCCGGGGGGCUGCUGGGGGUGCUGGUGGCAGUGUGCCUCGCCCGCUCCGUGUGCCCGGGGGACAGCGACCUGCUGCCCGUGGCGGACAGAGCCGUGCUCAUCACAGGAAGCGACACUGGGAUUGGACAUGCACUGGCCAAAUACCUGGACAGCCUGGGUUUUGUUGUGUUUGCUGGGGUUCUGAACAAGGACGGCCCUGGGGCGGAGGAGCUGCGGCGCUCCUGUUCCCAGAGACUCUCUGUCCUGCAGCUGGAUAUCACCAACACCACUCAGGUCAAGGAGGCCUAUCUGAGAGUCUCAGAGAAGGUGCAAAAUGCAGGACUCUGGGGUGUCGUGAACAACGCAGGAAUCCUGGGCUUCCCUGCUGAUGGGGAGCUGCUCCCCAUGAGCACCUACAGACACUGCAUGGAGGUGAAUUUCUUUGGGGCUGUGGAGGUGUCCAAGACCUUCUUGCCGUUGCUCAGGAAAUCGCGGGGGAGGCUGGUGAACAUGUCCAGCAUGGCAGGAGGCAUUCCACUACCGAGGUAUGCUGCGUACGGGGCAUCCAAAGCAGCUCUGUCCAUGUUUUCUGGAGUAAUGAGGCAAGAGCUUUCCAAAUGGGGCAUUAAAGUCACGGCAAUUCAUCCAUCAGGCUUCAGAACAGGUAUCGAAGGCACGGCUGAGCAGUGGGAUAAACAAGAGAAGGAGCUGAUGGAGAACCUCCCUGCAGACACCAGGCAGGCCUAUGGAGAGGAGUAUCUCCUGGGGCUGAGGAAUUACCUCCUCCACCUGCCCUCCCACUGUGCCCCCGACCUGUCCCCUGUGCUGGGCGCUGUCCUGCAGGCCCUGCUGGCCAGGAGACCCCAGGGCCUUUACACCCCUGGCAAGGGGGCUUACAUCCCCCUCUGCAUCUUCUGCUGCUUCCCCCUCUGGUUUGUGCUUUGA